UGGCCUGAAAUUUUGGAUCUGAAUUUUUAAGAAGUAAAACACGUCACUGUUGUGCUGUUAUAGGAAACUAAUCAACGACAGGGUGUUGUGAUGUGCCUUGACAUGAAGUGGAGUUACGGGUGCAAUCCUGUAGUUCCAAUAACGGCAUAUUCCGUAGUAUUUUAUUCCUCUCAUCACACAGGAAGUUGUCACUCCUAACAACGGAAGAAAGCUAGUUCAUGUUUCACUAACGUCCUAGCAGCCAUAAACCUCUUUGUUACCAGCUUCUCGUUUUGCUCUCUUGAAGUUAUUAAAGUGCACCUAUUAUGUUUUUUUUUUUUUUUCCAAAUAUGACCUUUCAUGUAGUGUGUUAUAGAGCUGUCUGUGAAUGUAAAACGUCUGCAAAGUUUCAAAGAUCAAAGCGCGCGACAAACAGCGUUAUCGAUUCCCUAAAGAAUGAACCGAUUCUGAACAGCUGAAUCGAGUCGUUAGUGAUUCCAGACUUUACUUCCUGUACUAACCUACGUAGGUUUGGAACAAAAAGCCCCGCCUCUGGUCUUCAUCGGCUGCUCGCUGACAGCGGUAGACCAAUCACGACAGACCGGGACGUCUGACCAAUCAGAGCAGGGUAUGCUCUCUGAAAGGAGGAGUUUAGAACGAAUCCUUCAGAACGGAUCAUUGAACGAGUCGUUUGUGAGACUGGGGAAAAAGUGAGGUCUCUCAUCCCGGGGCGUGAUGUCAGAUCCUGUGGAGCACGAUGGGAAGGAGCUGAGUCCAGUGGACUUCAUCCAGCUGCAGCAGUACAUGGACUACUGCGGUUUGAAGGUGAAAGAUGUGCUGAGGGAAUUCGACACAGAUGGCCAGUUGGCUCAGUACAGGCAUGGAGAGUGCAUCGAUGAGGAAGGCUUCCGUCUCUUCCUGAACACGUAUCUGGAGGUGGACGAGUUCCCUCAGGAUCUGUGCGAGCGCCUCUUCAAAACCUUCAAGACCUCCGACGAGGCCAGGGAGGUGUUCCUUAAAGACGUGUCCUGUUAUUUCUCCCUGCUGGAGGACGGGCAGCCUAGAGACAAACUAGAGUUCGCUUUCAGACUUUAUGACCGAGAUGGUAACGGAGUCCUGGACAGUUCAGAAGUGGACCGGAUUAUCGCUCAAAUGAUGCACGCAGCUGCCUAUCUGAGCUGGGAUGUGUCAGAGCUCAGACCUGUGUUGAAGGACAUGAUGACAGCGAUUGAUUCAGACAGCAGUGGAACCGUGUCGCUGGAAGAGUGGGUGGAAGGAGGGAUGAACAAUGUGCCUCUACUGGUCUUACUGGGUUUGAAGGUGACUCAGACGGACGGGCAGCACCUGUGGAGGAUGAAGCAUUUUAACAGGCCGGUUUACUGUAACGUGUGUCAGAGCAUGCUGCUGGGGCUGCGCAAACAGGGCCUCUGCUGCACAUGCUGCAGGUUUACCGUCCACGGGCGCUGCGCCAACAGGAAUCCACCUCCGUGCACUCGCACCUACGUCAAAUCCAAGAAGGACACUGGGGUUUCAGUCCACGACUGGGUGAGUGGGAACUGUGAGUCUGGGAAGUGUGAAAAGUGUCAGAAGAAGAUUAAGGGUGUGCACGGAAAAAGCUGUGUAUGGUGCCAUGCUACGCGCCAUAACGAGUGUGCGAACCAGGAGCCUUCAGAGUGUGGCCUUGGCCCACUGAAAGACCACAUUUUACCACCGUGGGCCAUUUACCCAGUCAUUAAGGAGAGGCAAAACUGUGUGAAGAACGGCGCGUCGGACGACUCGGAGUACAACACUACACCUGAUGGACAGGUACUGCAGGUCGUUCCAAUUCCUAACACUCAUCCUCUUCUGGUGUUUGUGAACCCUAAAAGUGGAGGCAAACAGGGUGAGAGAGUUCUGCGCAAAUUCCAGUACUUGUUAAACCCUCGACAGGUUUAUAACCUCUCCAAUGGUGGACCAGGACCAGGGUUGAGCUUCUUCAAGGAUCUUCAGGACUACAGAAUAUUAGUAUGUGGAGGUGACGGGACUGUGGGCUGGAUCCUCGACGCCAUAGAUAAGGCCAACCUGACAGUGCGUCCCCCAGUGGCCGUGCUUCCUCUCGGCACAGGAAAUGACCUCGCGCGGUGUCUGCGAUGGGGGGGAGGUUAUGAUGGCGUGGACCUGAGCCGUAUCCUGAAGGAUCUGGAGGCCAGCACGCCGGUACUGAUGGACCGCUGGAGCGUAGAGGUGGUGACGGAGGACAGUCAGGAGCAAGGAGACCCUGUGCCUUAUGAGAUCAUCAACAACUACUUCUCCAUCGGAGUGGACGCGUCAAUCGCUCACCGGUUUCAUACCAUGCGUGAAAAACAUCCGCGGAAAUUCAACAGCAGAAUGAAGAACAAGCUCUGGUAUUUUGAGUUUGCCACGUCGGAGACGAUCUCAGCUUCCUGUAAAAAACUCAAGGAGUGCCUCACCAUAGAGUGUUGCGGCAUUCAGCUGGACCUCAGUAACGUCUCCCUGGAAGGCAUCGCUGUCCUCAACAUUCCCAGCAUGCACGGCGGAUCUAACCUGUGGGGCGAAGCCAAAAAGAGCGACCGAGCGAACCAGGAAUUGCCCGAGGUUAUCGUGGAUCCUGAAGUCCUAAAAGUCAGCCCUCAAGACAUGAGCGAUAAGCGUCUGGAGGUGGUGGGACUGGAGGGAGCGAUGGAAAUGGGACAAAUCUACACGGGCCUCAAGAGUGCUGUCCGGCUCGCCAAGACCUCCCAGAUCACCAUCAGGACAACCAAGGCCCUGCCCAUGCAGAUCGAUGGAGAGCCGUGGAUGCAGCCGCCGUGUACUAUUACUAUCACACACAAGAACCAAGCCUGCAUGCUGAUGGGUCCUCCAGCCAAAUCCUCCGGCUUCUUCAACCUAAAGUAGUGUCUGCGCCUGCGUCUACGCCUGCAUCAGCAACCUGAUGUGUUUGUGUGGUCCAUAUAUAGGAAUUUACACACACACACACACACACACACACACACACACACACACA